AUGUCAGACCCCUCCGCUGAUACUGCGCGACCCGUCAAACGUGCUCGCCUCGAAGAUACUGCCGCGCCUGCACCUUCCACAUCGGCCUCAAUCGCAUCCUCCACCACAGCACCCAUACCCACUGCGCCUGCCUCCAUUGACACGGAUCUAGAGCGCGAAGUCCGCGCAGGUAUCACCCAAUACGUCUCUCCUGAUCAUCUCGGCUUUACCGGUGUGUUGAAGCAGAGAUAUACGGAUUUCUUGGUCAACGAGAUUGGGUUGGACGGCGGGGUUGUGCAUUUGAAGAGCCUGAACAUGAAGAGGAAAGAGGGCAAGAAACCUCAUGGGAAGGAGGCGAAUUUGGUGGAGAAUGAGCCAGAGGGCGAGGCCGGGGGUUUGGGGCCGGUGACCAAGAUUAUAGACGAGGGCGAUGACGAAGGAGUAAGGACAGAGCCUAUCAAAGUGGAGCCUGCGCUGGACCAGACGAUCCCAGUACCUGAACAGCAGACUGGUGAGAAUGAGCAGGUCAAGAAGGCUGAGGAUAGGGAAGAGCUUUCCGAACAAGAUCGCACCACGCUCCACUCGAUCUUUGGCGAAGACACCACCAAGCUCUUACUGGCCCUCGUGCGACAAGUGCGGAAAGGCGGAAACAAGAAGGCAAAAGAAUUCAAGGCUGUCAUUGCACCGCCCAUAACGGACAAGGAGCGACGAACCGAAGCCCACAAAUGUCUGCGCCGCAUAUUCCCAAAUCUGCUGGAGAGCACCAUGGAGCCAGAUCAGUCCAUUCGCAUCAAGGCCACUCCCCCAGCGGAACGUGGAGGUCGGGCCAAAGGCGGGAACCAGGGGCGCAGAGACCCGGCUGCUGGCAGGCAAAGAGGUCAGACACGCUGGGAGGAUCUUGGCGGUGACUUCCUGCACUUCACCCUGUACAAGGAGAACAAGGACACGAUGGAGGUAGUCAGCUUCUUGGGAAGCAAGCUCAAUUGCGGGCCCAAGGGCUUCGGUUUCGCUGGCACAAAAGACAGGCGUGCAUGCACUAGCCAGCGCGUCUCCGUAAGGCGACAAACUGCGGACCGCAUGUAUUCCUUCAACAAGGUCCUCUUCAACGCCGCAAUCGGUGAUUUCGAGUACCACACCAACGAACUGAAGCUUGGAGAUCUGAAGGGUAACGAGUUCACCAUUACACUCCGCAAUUGCCAUUUCGAAAGCGAAGACAGUGGCGAUGCCUCGCAGCGCCUCAGGCUUGCCAAUGAAGUAGUUGGAAAAGCUAUCCGGGAUUUUUCGGACUGUGGUUUCAUAAAUUACUACGGUCUCCAACGCUUCGGUUCAUUUGCUACCAGCACCGACGCCAUUGGUCGCAAGAUGCUGCAAAACGACCUCGAAGGUGCCGUCGCAGACCUCCUCGCCUACAACCCAGUCGCCCUCACCGACACAGACCCGACCUCCACAUUCUCCCCUAUCCUCAUCUCCCAGGACGACCGCAAACGCGCACAAGCCCUGCACCUCUGGCAUACUACCGGUUCUGGUACUGCAGCCCUCGAUCUGCUCCCCCGAAAAUUCACCGCCGAACGCAACAUCAUUCAACACCUCAGCUCGCGCAACUCCAAAAGCGGCCAACAUGACCGCAAGACAGACUGGCAGGGCGCACUGAUGACCAUUCCCCGCAAUCUACGUCUCAUGUAUGUCCAUGCCUACCAAUCCCUCGUCUGGAACGUAGUAGCUGGUCAUCGCUGGCGCACGUACGGCUCCCAAGUCGUCGAGGGCGACCUCGUCCUCGUAAGCGAACAUGGUUCCCAACAAACAACCUCCUCCACCAACAACAACAACCCUCUGGACCAGAAUGGCGAACCUAUCAUCGACCCUUCAGGCACGGAGAACGCAAACGCAGCAGCCUCGGACUUUGAACGCGCUCGCCCCCUGAGCGCCGCAGAAGCGGGAUCCGGCGCCUACACCAUCUAUGACAUUGUGCUCCCACAGCCCGGCUUCGACGUCGAAUACCCGCGCAACAAAAUCGGCGCCUUUUACACGGAAUUCAUGGCUAGUGAGCGCGGCGGAGGCCUGGAUCCGCAUGAUAUGCGCAGGAGUUGGAGGGAGAUCAGUCUGAGCGGCGGGUAUAGGAAGGUGCUUGCCAGACCGUUGACCAAGGUUGGGCACGAGGUGUAUGAGUAUGUGAAGGAGGAUGAGCAGUUUGUUGAGACGGAUUUGCAGAGGUUGGGGAAGGGGAGGACGAGUGGGGAGAGAAAAGGUGAGGAGGAGGAUGUGAGCAUGGAGGAUGGGGAGGCAAAGGAAGAGCAGGCGAAGAAGAUUGCUGUCGUGCUGAGAUUGCAGUUGGCUAGCAGCCAGUACGCGACCAUGGCGCUGAGGGAGCUCAUGAAGGCUGGCGGUGCCAAGGCGUACAAGCCGGAAUACAUGGGCGGGAGGUAG